UUGUUUGUUUGUUUGUUUGUUUUUUGUCAUAGUCUCCUGCCUGGACUGCUGUUUCAUGCUUUACCACGGCGUGGCGCCCCGAUACUAUGCACCAGCAAUUCAAUCUUCGUUCAGAAGUAAAACGCUAGAAUCUUACGUGAAGGAUAAAUACAAUGGCAAUGAACAUAAUUCGAGCAGAUAUUGAUUAGUUAACACGAAAACUGGUACUGGGGUCAGUGUAACGAUUUCAUAUGAAAUUUAAGAUGUAAGAUUGAGGGACUGUGUUUAUAUAAAGGUGGUGUGUUGUUCAGAUAACAGUCUCAACCUAUUCUCUCUCAGUGGUCACUUCUCAUGCAGAACGCGUAGCCAGAGACAGGACUGCUCUGCGUAUAUCAGCUAGUGUUCAAGUCCAGUUUUUAAAGAUAUCCCAUUGUAAAAUAAGAUACGGGAAUCAUUUUUGAUUGUUUUGGGUCGCAAUCGAUUCAUCAAGAUCAUUUUGAUUGCUGAAUAUAUUCGGUUGGAGCUUUUUUAGUUCUUCGGUGUACUGAAGAAGGGGACAACGUGCUUUGAAUAUAGAGCAGACUUUGACUAAAACUGACUACGGUUUGACCGCCCGACCCUUCAGUCAAAACCGCCAACAAAUGAAAUAGCUGCUGAACUCGAUAAUACUACCAAGAGUAUUUUAGCUAUUAUUUGUGAACGCCUUCGUUCUAAUUAAACGACACGCUUAAUUGGGCUAAUUCUACGAGUCGCUUUACCUCCCGUUCAAGAAGGGAAAUCUUUUCCUUUGAUCGAAACGGGAAACGUCCAAAAGAGAAGCAGUGCAGCGGAGGAGAUGCAUUAGUGAUUUUUAACCGGACUUAUGGCUUCGCUGUAUCAGAGAUUCACGGGAAAGAUUAAUACGAACAAAUCUUUCCCGCACCCACCUGAAGCUAGCCACCUUCUCGGAGGACAGGUUCCCGAUGAAGAGAAGACUGGAAAGAUCCCUCAGCCCGCGACUGACGGCCCACCGCGGGUGCAGUAUCGAAAGAGAAAUACGUGUGAGGAUGAGGACGAGCUGGUGGGUAGUGCCCCAACUCAGCGGAACUGGAAGGGAAUCGCCAUCGCACUGCUGGUCAUCCUGAUUAUCUGCUCUCUGAUCAUCACCUCCGUUAUCCUGCUGACCCCGCAUGAGGAUGACAGCCUGGCCUUAAAGAAGAGAGUCACCAUAGAGGACCUAUUCAGUCAGGAGCUCCAGGUCCAUGAUCCCGAGGCCAAGUGGCUCAGUGGCCGUGAGCUGCUCUACCGCAACCGGAAUGGCGAUGUGAUCAGGCUGGACGUGGAGAGCAACACCUCGACGGUCCUGGUGGAGAACCGGAUGUUUCAAACUUAUAAAGCCAGCAAAUACCAAGUCUCCCCUGAUUUGACACAUGUGCUACUGGCCUACAAUAUCUUACCGAUCUAUCAGUAUUCCUAUACGGCAUCCUACAUCAUUUGCAGCCUCACCACGCCUGACACAGUGGUCUUGACUCCCAAUGAGGUUAAGCGCACCACAUUGCAGUAUGCUGGAUGGGGCCCAAAAGGCCAGCAGCUGAUCUUCAUAUUUGAGAAUAACAUCUAUUACAAGCCCACUGUGACUGACCAUCCCAUUCGCUUGGUCACUACAGGAAAGGAGGGUGUGAUAUUUAAUGGGCUCUCCGACUGGCUUUAUGAAGAGGAGAUUUUCCGGAGUUACACUGCUCACUGGUGGUCACCAGAUGGCCUCAGGCUGGCAUAUGCCACCAUCAAUGACACCCUAGUACCCAGCAUGGAGAUGCCCAUGUUCACUGGCAGUCUGUACCCACGCAGUCAGGAGUACCGCUACCCAAAAGCCGGCACAGAGAACCCCGAUGUCUCCCUGUCAGUGGUGAGUCUCAAUGGCCCCUUGCACACAGUCAGGAUGAAAAAACCUGAGGACCCCAGGAUCGGGAAAGAGUACUACGUAACCAUGGUAAAAUGGGCUACUAGCACCAAGCUGGCUGUGAACUGGCUAAACCGGGCACAGAAUAACUCCAUCCUCACCCUGUGUGAAGCCACCACAGGAAUCUGCACCAAAAAACACGAGGACGAGAGCGAGAGCUGGCUCCACAGACAGAAUGAAGCGCCGCUUUUCUCACGGGACGGCCUCAGGUUCUUCUUCACCCGAGCAGUGCCGCAGGGUGGCUUGGGCAAGUUCUUCCACAUCUCCAUGUCCACCUCUCAGCCCAACAGCAGUUCCGACACGCUGCAGUCCUUGACUUCAGGCAACUGGGAUGUCACAGAAGUUUUGGCCUAUGACGAGAUGUCCCAGCUGGUAUACUUCCUGAGCACGGAAGACGAUCCAAAGCGGCGCCAUCUGUACAGUGCCUCGACCACAGGCUCCUUCAACAGACGCUGCCUGUCCUGCGACUCCGACUGUGGCUACGUCAGCGGCGCGUUCAGCCCCAGUACACACAACUUCCUUCUCGAGUGCAAAGGUCCUGAUGUGCCCUACACAGCUGUCUACAGCACUCAGGACCGGCUCUAUCAAAAGCUGCUGGAUGUGGAGACCAAUGCUCUGCUGAACAUCACAGUGAGCUCCAUGCAGAUGCCCAGGGUGGAGUACCGAACCAUCACCAUCGACGAAUACCCCCUGAACAUCCAGAUCCUAAAGCCAGCGGGGUUCAUAGACACAGCCCAGUACCCUUUACUCCUUCUUGUGGACGGCACCCCUGGUGGUCAGACAGUGACGGAGCAGUUCCAAGUGGACUGGGCCACGGUUCUGGUGAGCUCCUACAGCACGAUCGUCAUGCGUUUCGACGGCCGGGGCAGUGGAUUUCAGGGCACUAACCUGCUCCACCGCAUCAAGAGGAAACUUGGAAUCCUGGAGGAGUUAGACCAGCUGGAGGCAUUGAGCAUUAUAUCUAAGGAGACAUAUAUUGACAAAACAAGAAUUGGCGUCUAUGGGAGGGUGUAUGGGGGAUACCUUGCCAGCCUUCUUUUAAAUUCUGAAGAAGCUCUGUUCAAAUACAACUUCAAAUUCAAAUGCGGAGUCGCCGUCUCUCCCAUCACCGAUUUCAAUCUAUACGCCUCAUCUUUCUCCGAGCGAUAUUUAGGAAUUCCUCAGUCCAGUCAGAGAGUGUAUGAGAUGUCAAGCUUAGUACGUCGGACAAGCCUACUAGACGAUAAGAAGUUCUUAAUUAUUCAUCCUACAGCUGAUGAGAAAGUCCAUUUCCAGCACACUGCAAAAUUUAUAAGCCAUUUAAUAAAUAAAAAGGCCAAUUACACAUUACAGAUCUACCCAGACGAAGGCCACUUCCUGCACUCCAAGAAGGCCCAGCUGCACCUGAGUCAGUCGAUCAUCAAUUUUUUCGAGGCGUGCUUCAGACCGCCCGAGAUUGUGACACAGGAGGAGCUGGAGCAGGAGAACGAGGAUGACGGUUAAGACUCCACCCCUCAGAGCUGAGCACAGGCCAGCUUACCCCUGGAUAUGCAAACUGUCCCCCCUCCCCUCCACAACCUGCAUCGUCAUCUCCAACAAGAUUGGGUUCUCCUGAACACGUGCAUGGAUCAGACCCCUUCGCCUCUGACUGGCUACCAGGACAGGUGAGAGCAAGAAAGCAGCACAAGUGAGCUGAAGAGGCAAAUGGGACAUUUCUUCUUCCUCUCCCCUCGGAUGAAGCCCCGCCACCCCCCACCCCUGGAUGUUGAGCGCCCUCGUGUGGACCAAGCCAGUAGCAUCACAGCUACCCUCUGCAACUCUUCCGUGCACGGCUUCUCAAACCAUGCACCGAUUAUGUAAUCUUCUAAGAGAGGACAAUAGCACAAGAUUUAGGUCAGUGGAAAAGGCAGAGGAAAGAGUGCAAAUAGCUAUUUAAGAAUACUGGUUACUUAACACCACCUUGUUAGUUUUUAACGUGUUGCAUUCAACUUCUGAGCUUAAUAAGGGCCCUUAUUUGGAUCUAAAAGAUAUUCUCAAACUGUUUCUUCGUUUGUCCGUCUCAUUUAAUAAUGUGAAUCAUCCUGUUAAGUCAAGUAUUUGUUACAGUACAGUAGCUUUAAAUUGAUAUUUAGUAAUAAAUGGCCCAUAACACUGUAUACUGGUCAUUUGUGAAUGGGUCAGUUUAGAAAUCAAUGUGAUUUUAAACAUUGCUCUGAUUAGUUCCUAAAGCUGGGGACAUGGAAGCCUAGGUUAUUUUAGUCACUGUGCCUUACUAAGUAAAGCUGUAUAAGAUGGGCUGUCCACACAAAAAGAAACAAAUAUGUUUAACAUAGAAAUAAUUUUUACAUUGAGAAAGGAUAGAAAGUUAGGAACCAUAACAGAACCCUGUCAACAGCAUCUUGUACAAACUUGCUAGUAUUCUGGUCAUUUUGGCUAUAGAGUAAUAGUGAAUUUCAAACCUGUAUUAAUGGUGUAGCUUACGUCAUCAGGUACAGCUCAUACAAUAGCCAUUAUAUUUCAUAUAAUGGUCGUGUUUAUGUCCAAAAAGGUCCUUGAGGCACAUUUUGUACAGACCAAGUUGUUUUAAUUCGGCAUGCUAGCAAGUAAAAUGCAGAUUGUUUUUUGUUAUUAAGUAUCUAAGUGUUGUAACCUCUGACGGCUUAAAUAUGCCCAUGUGGUUCCAUGUAAUGUGCCGUCUCGUCUGCAGAUGUACAAAUGUAUAAAUUACAAAACUGUUUCGGUCCCUACUGUUUGUGACUUGUACAUAAAGCAUUUUCAAAACUUUUU